AACAGCUCAUAUAAGCCGAACUCAUCCGCCGAUUGUCAAUCCUCAUACUCGUGUAUCUAACAGCAAAAGGAAAGGGGUCUUCAUUCAUCCAAAACUAUAUCUGCAUUGGAGCCUGUGAUUCCAUUACGAGUCAGGUUUUCCAUCUUGUUGCGGAGAGCUAAUUUCAAGCAACAUCAACAUUAGGAAAAUUCAGUGACCAUGUUGAGACAGCUAUCCGAUAGAAACCAAAGGACCAGGACCUUCGAGCCAAGACACGUGACUCUCGUAUGUCUCCUCCUCCUCCUCCUUGUAAUCUGCUUUGGGUUGCUUUAUGAAGUGAAGCCAUCUUCCCUCAAGAACCGUCACCGCGAGAUCUCGCCGUUCGGGAGGAAGGAGCUGCGUCUUCCAGUCACGGGCCGAGCUUCGAGGAGUGAUAAAAUAGAAGAGAAGGAAGAGGGAGCGGGAGGAAAGAGAGGAGAAAUCGAUGAGCUCCAAGAGAGCAAGGUCGACGAAGAAGAUAGUGAGGUUGGAGACGAUGAGAUAGACUUUGCGAGUGAUGGAGAGGUAGAGGAAGAGGAGGAAGAGUUGGAGGAGAUGGAUGAUUUGGUCAACGAAGAAGAAGGAUUGGAGGAGGAGGAAGAUGUAGAGCGAGAGGUGGACGGGAUGGGAAAGCAAAUAGAUGGUCCAAGCCGUGCCAUGGAGGAACGUGCUUCAAGUGAAGGAGAAAAGAGCUCUCUCUAAGUUCCGAUGAUUGGUUUUCAAGUUCCCAGUUUCCAACUUCUGUUUUUCCAUGUGUUUGUCUAACCGUAGUUUCACUUGUAUAUAGACUUAAACACCUUGUAGCUUUCAUACUCUAAUCUCUCGUACGCAAUCGUCAAGAGAUUAGAUCCUAGAACCCUAAUCAGGAUGUUCAUGGGUUCGUGAUGACGAUUACGGUCCGGAAAUUCGAAUUACCCUUAGGGUCUUGAAACUCAAAUCGUGAUAGCAAUUUCAAUUUCAUGUACUUGCAUACUUUUGCCGGUGGUCAAAGAUACCUGUGGUACUCUUUGAGAUUGCCGAGGAGAGUCGAGGCAAUCUUGGAAAGUAUUACAAUGGGAGAGAUAGAGGUGGGGGCGUGACUGUGAUGGAGUUGCGAAAUGACCUUUUGAACCAUUGAAUGGUACGGAUACUACUUUUAAUUUUUCAAAAAGUAAGGUCGUGGUGUUCAUACCA